AUGGCUCCCAUCCACGUUGGCGCCCUGCUCUUCGACUACCAGACGAUCGACAUCAUUGGACCAUGCGAUCUACUCAAUUCGGCGAGUAAGAGGCUCAUGGAGGGCAUCAAUACCUACACGCCCGUCGAUCCAAAACUUCAGGAAAAAGCGCCCGAAUUCGUCUUCCAUCAUAUUGGAGAGACCUUGGAGCCGGUGCGCCUGCUUACAAGCUUUGUAACCAUGGUGCCUACGGUUGCUGUGGAUGACGUCCCCGAAUUGGAUAUCCUCAUUGUCGGUGGGGAUAGCCCUGCGGAGACAAACCUUUCUCCGAAAUUGCAGGACCUCAUUCGACGCCAUACUGCCUCUGGAAAGCUACUGUUCACAAUCUGCACCGGAGCUGCGGUUGUUGCAGCUACCGGCAUUCUAGACGGUAGGAGGGCUACAGUCAACAACCUCGAGUAUAAUUGGGUUAAGAAUAGAUACCCGAAUGUCAAGUGGACAAAGGAGAAGAAGUGGAUUAUUGACGACAAUAUCUGGACGGGAAGUGGAGCUGUGGCGGGCAUGGACAUGGUUGCCCACUGGAUCAAAGAGACUUUUGGGCUGGACAUUCUUAUUCAUGCGGGACUAUCGCUGGAUUAUGAACCACGGGAUGUUGAUGGACUUUUCAACGUGCUGCCCCAGCGAUACGAUUCGGCCGGAAACAAGGUUUCCACCCAUGUCUUUCCUGACGAAAUCUGA